AUGGUGCCUCUCCUGCUGCUCCUCAGCGCUCUGCCAUCUGCGUUAGCUGCCCCUGCUCCGCCGGCAUCCGCUGCAGCACCGUAUGUGGGGUCUACCCAGUCUGCGGUCUUCCCACCGCCGGGAGCCACUAUCACAGAGUAUGCAUCUCUCUUUCCAAAUGCAUCGGUGGUCGGGUUCCUUGGCCCUACUCCAACCGGAGCCGAGGCGCAGGCCAUAGCAACUGCUCCAGUAGCUGCAUUGAGAUUCGACACGUACCCUCUCGUCGCCCCGUCUAACCAAUACACGACCUCAGGGCCAGCCUUUGACCUGAUGCAUCAUUGGGGAAACCUCGGUCCUGCCUAUUCCGUUGGUGGCGCGUUUGGUCUUCCCAACACGUCUCCCCAGGUACCUGCGGGAUGCGAGUUGGAACAGGUCCAUCUGCUGUUUCGUCACGGAGCGAGGUACCCGACGUCUGGAUCUCAGCCAAGCGAGUUCGCGGCUCUCUUGCACAGCGCGGCCACGGAACGCAACAGCAGACUCAGCUUCUCAGGCCCCCUUGAGUUCCUCAGCACUUGGACUUACAAGCUUGGGGCGGAGAUUCUUACCCCCUUCGGCCGCAAACAGUGUCUAGAUCUCGGUGUGGCCUUCAGAGUCAAGUAUGGCGAACUAUUGAACGGUUUCACCGAACUUCCCGUCUUCCGGACAACUUCGGAAGAUCGAAUGCAGAAGACCUUACUGAACUUUGCCGUCGGAUUCUUCGGUGCCCCUGAGUACCUGACAGCAUAUCACGAAGAGAUCAUCAUCGAGUCUGGAGGCUAUAACAACACGCUUGCGCCAUCGAAUGCCUGCCCAGACUCCGGCAAUGCCGUUGGCGGUAACAUUGGCGGCUGGACAUCCGGGAACUGGACAGAGAUCUAUCUCAAAGAGACCACCGCACGACUGCAGCAGUACGUCACCGGUGUACAACUGACACCCAGCGUUGUCUAUGGGAUGCAGCAAAUGUGCGCGUACGAGACCGUGGCAUUGGGGUAUUCUAGCUUCUGUGAGCUGUUCACUGAAGAGGAAUGGAGGGGUUUCGAGUACUCCAUUGGCGAGUACCACUUGUCUUUCUGGUAUGGUAAUGGGCCCGGAAAUCCCACUGCCGCGGCGAUGGGCAUCGGUUACGUCCAGGAGCUGGUCGCUCGCCUCACGAAGACGCUUCCGACAAAAUUCGAUACUAACAUGAAUGGCACGCUGGACAGUAGCACCAUCACAUUCCCAUUGAACCAACCAAUCUAUGCGGAUGCUACCCAUGACACUGUUAUCGCUAGCAUUAUUACAGCGUUGAAUUUCACUACAUUGGCAGCGAAUGGGCCUCUACCCAUUGACCAUAUCCCUGUCUACCAGACGUACCAUGUCAACGAGAUUGCUCCUUUCAGUUCCAAUCUUGUUGCUCAGGUCUUGUCUUGCCCCGCGUCCGCGGCGGCACAUGACUCAAAGACGGAGUCAUACAUCAGAUUCCUGCUCAAUGACGGGGCAGUACCCCUUACCGGAAUCGCGCACUGCGAAACACCUAACGAAGAUGGUCUGUGCCUGUUUGACAACUUCGUGAAGGGUAUGCAGGAGCGGAUUGCUGAGGUCAAUUACGCCUAUGACUGCUAUGCGAGCUAUUCGGCGCCGACUCCCGAUAACAUUAUCGACGGCCAGGUAUGA